GAAGCAGAGACCAGCUGGGAAGGUUGCUUGGGGUAAUGUUACCUCCAAGCCUUGAGCAGUUCCUUUACCGCAGGCCUGCGGCGUGAUAGUAUCCAUCUACAUUUACUUGAAUACAUUGCUUCAUUCGCGCUUGAACAUUUGUUUUCCAAAUGAUGUCCUAUUUAGGUAACCAUACUUUUUUUUUCCAGACCCGGCGGCAAAUUUCUCUCCUUGGUUUGCUCCUUUACCGGGUAUGCGUUCUGUACGCUUCCUCAGUACGCGACAGCCGUUAUGGGAACUGCCCAAACCUCAUGUCACUCAGAGUACAAAAAAGCUACUGCGAAAGGUGGAGAUGAGAAUCGCCCCGCAGGUAGUGGCCGCGCAGACGAAGCAACAUCUUCAGCAAUUCCUCCAGGGCUACAUAUUAGGGCAGGAAGAGCGUGUUAAACGGGAAGACAAGCAGAGGGAACUGCAAGCUGUUCUCGCGAGCAGGUUUGGGAAAGAGGUUUUAGUCGAGGAUAUAAGCAUGGCCUCUUACGGCCUAGAUAUACGGAACGCUCCCAUGGAAUUUGCCAUUGUGGAUGCGGCCUACCCGGCAGCAAACAUACCACUCAAAACCAUGCAGUCCCAUGUUCUUUCCGAAAUACAUAAUCAUAAGAACGUAUUCCGUCUAUCUUUUACAUCAUAUUUGCUGAACUUUUCCCUUUCCACAGGCGCGUCGUGGAGGUUUUACUCGAGGCCGGAUUUCGAUGUCAUGUUCCGGAGUACAAUUUGGAUCUUGAAGUAAAAGACGAUUUCAACCUCUGGGCUAGUUCAGAACCAAUACAAGGACCCGUCUACCCGCCACGGCUACGCGUCGAAGACUCCAAGACAUCGGACUC